AGAAUGUGAAACUCCAACGAAUUCUAUCAUGUGUUGAUAUUACAAGGAUAUUGUUAUUUGAAGAAGUUCGAGGUGCUAUUAUACGCGUGCUACUUGUUUGGGACCCGUUUGUCACCCAGCUCGACUUCUUCGAUUAUUCGAUUUUACUAUUUCAAUGAAAAAUAUAAUAUUAUAAGUCAUUUGAUCAUUUCAUGUAUGAACUUGACAAAUCUGUUGUACAAUCAUAUAGUAGUGGUAUCUCUGCUAAACUUUAAUGAUCAACACACGUGAGGUGAAAAAUUUACAAAGCAGAAGCCAUGGAUCUCCUGGUGCAAGGGACGUGUAUUGUGUAUUAUCUCUCGAUCAAGAAGAAAUAUUUAGAACAACAACAAUGGAAAGAACUCUCAAUCCAUUUUUUGGAGAAGAAUUUCAGUUUGAAGUACCUAGAAAAUUUCGUUAUCUUGGCAUUUAUGUUUAUGAUCGUGAUAGACAUUUAAAGCAAGAUAAAAUUUUGGGUAAGGUAGCAAUAAAAAGAGAAGAUUUAGCAACGUAUCAUAAUAAGGAACAUUGGUUUCCCUUGAGACUAGUUGAUGCUGAUUCUGAAGUGCAAGGUAAAGCACAUUUGGAACUUGCCCUUCAACCUCAAAUUGGAUACGCUCAACCUAAACUUACAGUAAGGAUAAUAGAAUGUAGUGAAUUAACUGUUAAAAAUAGUGGUUGUGAUCCAUUUGCAACUGUUACGGUUAACUAUAGUAAUGGUAAACAAGUAUUAAAACGCACAAAAAUUAAAAAAAAAACGAUAUCUCCAUACUUUAAUGAAACAUUUGUUUUUGAGCCAGAAAUAACAGAAUCCAAAGAGAAGGAUAUUUCUCAUUAUCCUCUUGAACGUGGAGAAGUGGGUGAGGUUGUCGUAGGUUUAUGGCAUGCAUCUUCUGGUAUGGGAGAGCAACCAGCUUUUCUUGGUGAAGUUAGAGUUACUUUAAAAGGAUUACAAAAGCAGCCGACUAAUACAACAACUGCAUGGUACUUCUUACAACCGCGACAAGUAAAACAUCGCCCAAAUAAAAUUUCGAACAGUUCUACAUCACCUGGUGCAGUUCCAGGCUUGGGAUCUCUGCGGUUAAAAAUACAUUAUACAGCAGACCAUGUUUUUCAAUCAGCAAUGUAUGAUAUAUUAAGGAAUUUGCUGUUACAAAGUGUCAAUAUUCAACCAAUAACAUCGUCCGCUGUUUAUAUUUUGGGAGAAAUUGUGGCAAGUAAAAUGGAAGCUGCUCAACCAUUGGUUAGGGUAUUGGUACACUAUGGACAAUUGGUUUCUGUAAUGAGAGCUUUAGCUAGUCAUGAAAUUUCUAAAUUAACUGACCCAACAACAAUAUUUCGUGGUAAUACGUUAGUAAGUAAAAUGAUGGAUGAAGGUAUGAGAUUAGCAGGUCUUCACUAUUUACAUAGUACGCUUAGACCAGCUAUGGAACAAGUAUUCUUAGAAAAAAAGACAUGCGAAAUAGAUCCAACAAGAGUAAAGGAUGCAAAUACAAUUCAAACCAAUUUAGCGAAUUUAAAGGAAUAUGUUGAGAGGGUAUUUACUGCUAUUACAACAUCUGGUGUACGAUGUCCACCAUUAAUGUGCGAAAUGUUCUGGUGUUUAAGAGAACUUGCAGCGACACAUUUCCCAAAAAAUAAGGAAGUAAGAUAUUCAGUCAUCAGUGGAUUUAUUUUUUUACGAUUUUUUGCACCUGCAAUAUUGGGUCCAAGAUUAUUUGAUAUUACUACUGAACAAAUUGAUUCUCAAACUAAUAGAACGUUAACAUUAAUUUCUAAAACAAUUCAGAGUCUAGGAAACUUAGUAAGUUGUAGAGGUGGAGCUGGUAGCGUUUGUAAAGAAGAAUAUAUGGAAUGCGUGUAUAGAGAAUUUUACACAGAAAGACAUAUACAAGCAGUUAAGCAAUUUUUAGAAUUAAUAUCAACUAGUAGCAACAGUGGUAUUGCAAAACAACGAACAAGCACUCAGCAAGAACAACCAAUUGUAUUGAAAGAAGGAAUAUAUUUUCUCUUCAUGCAUACUGCUGAUUGUAAGAAGAGAGUAAUGAUUAAGAGGGCACAAGGUAGAAAACGAUUUGGUCGGAAAAAUUUUAAACAAAGAUACUUUAGGCUUACUACACAGGAUCUAACCUAUUCAAAAACGAAAGGUAAAGAACCUUUAUGUAAAAUACCGCUUGAAGAAAUAUUAGCUGUUGAAAAACUUCAAGAAGAUUCUUUUAAGAUGAAAAACAUGUUUCAAAUUAUUCAAUCACAAAGGGCAUUAUAUGUUCAAGCAGGAAAUUGCGUAGAAGAAAAAGAAUGGAUUGAUAUUUUAACAAAAAUUUGUCGUACAAACAGCAAUCGAUUAGAAAAAUAUCAUCCAAGUGCAUAUAUUAAUGGUCAUUGGCUUUGUUGUAAAGCAGUAGCAGAAACUGCUCUAGGAUGCAGCGAAGUAUCACCAGGAAUGGAAGCUGGAUUGCGUAUGGUUCUAGAUCCAGAUAGAGAUUUGCAGCGAAUACAUUCUUUAAUAUUUACGAAUAUGCCGCGACUUGAAACUUUAAUGAAUGCGUGUGAAUGUCAAGCUGUUUAUGGGGCUAAUGACAUGUGUAUUUUACCAGGAGGUGGGUCUCCUAUAGAAGAUGUGCCCUCUUGUUUUAAAACUUUAACUGCAUUAAGAGAAGCUGCAUAUGCUUUACAGCACGAGCAUAGAGCCUACUUUAGAAGAUUGGCGCGCGAUACUAAAUAUGGAAGCAAGCAAGCUCCAAUUGGUGAUGAUAAUUACCUUCAUUUAGCUGCUAGAGCUGGAUUUGAAAGUCAAUUAACAAAACGUGCUUAUGAAAUAGACAGUUUAAAUCAACACUAUGUAGAAACAGAUCACUGCUAUGACAGCGGAUUUUCCAGACGAAUAGAGGAUCAACGAUCAUACGAUGAAACAUUUAGAAAACGUCUAGAUUCUGGCUCGAUACAUCGUAGGUAUGAGAACGAAAAUAAUUUAGUACGACGAUAUGAAAGCACUACUGAUACUAUUAGAAGUAUCCAAAAUGAUCUCAACACAUUUGAUCAUAGUUUAAAUAAUACAUUUAGGACAGAUAAUUCUGAAAAAAAUGUAAAUUUAGAAAACAAUAGAAUUUUAGAUAGUUCCAGUUUUUUAGCAACAGAUGGAAUUACUAUUUCUAAUACAUUAUCAAGAAAGUUUAAUAGCUAUGACCAUACCAAAAUAUUAAAGGAAUGCACAAUAACAAAGUUCAAAGGUGACAAACCUGAUAUAUCUUGUAAUUCUUUGAAUGAGCAUACUAAUUAAUUCAUUUAAAUUUUGAAGAUGAAAACAUGUUCCUAUAAAGUUUUCUAAGAUAUUGUCUCAUAUGUUCAUGUUAUAUUAAAGGCACACUGUAGUCUUUAAAUUCAUUAAAAUCAUACAAGAUUAUAUUUCUUGCAGUAGUAUACAGUAUAUGGAGUUUAAGUGUAUAUAACAGUAAUCUUCGAGCUGUUAAAUUUUGGAACAGAAAAAUAUUUUAAACUUUCAAUGCUUUGAAAAGAUUGAAACGACAUUUAAAUGAAAUGAAAAAUCGUAUCGUUUAGAAAGUUAUUUCUUAUAUAUUAAGUCAAAAUAUAAAUAUUUCAUAAUUAUUUAAAAUUAUUUACAAAAAUAGCUUUAAGCACAAUCGAUAUGGCACGAAAUGUUUGUUAGACAGUAGCAUAAGAAGAAAUAAGAUUUUGUACUAUGCAUUGCUUGUUGAAAGGUUAAAUGAAGUUUAAGUGUUUACUAUUGUUCCAAUAUGUUGGGUGAGUCAUUGUUAGAUUUUAAGUUCUUGUUUUGUUUUAAUGACAUGAUAAAAUGAUCUAAAACAGAAAUUAUUCAUAUCUAAAAGUUAUUUUUAUAUAACUGUUCAGAACCAAUAUAUCAAUAUCAAUGACCAAUUUAAAUUAGUUCAAGAUCUCCUAAACUAAAGAUAAAGUCAUUCUAAAUAUAAUAUGUAUAUAACUAUCAAGAUUGUAAAUUAAUUUUAAAAAAUUUGUAUUAUCUAUUUCUUCUUCAAUUUAAAUCUUCUAUUCAAGAUUUUAAUUUAAUUCUCAGACCCUUGAAUCUCACUUCACUUAUACUCUUUCACCUUUAUAUCUUUCUGUUACUAGAAUUACCUCACAGUACAGACCAAAACUUAUUGAAAUUCUUGCUCAAAAUCAGUGCGAAUAAAAAUAAUCACAGAGUACUGUUGAAAAUUUUAAACAUUAACCAUGUGUUUUUGAAAAAAAUAUUCUGGUCAGCAUUGCAAUUUUAUGAAGAGUCAAAAGAUCUGUUGCUUGUUGUGUAGUUUAACAUGGUAUGUCACCUGAAUAUGUUUUGUUUAUGUUCUCGAGAAUUUACAUUUAUAUAUGCUCUAUUUACAUUUUAAAACUAAGUGAAUUUUCCGCUAAGCUAGAAAAAUCUCGUGGCAUUUUCCAUUAAUUCAUUAAAAAAAAAAAAAAAGGGAAAAAUGAGAAUCUCCUCCAAAAACACCAAAGUCAAGUUCUCACCAAAUCACGUCUUUAUUAUUGAUUUCAAAUCUUUUACAUCCUUUUAAA